AUGCCGCCGAUUCUCCUGCUCUUCCUCCUGUUCAUGCGGUCGUUCAUCGUCUCCGCCGCGGCCGGGGAGGCGCAGCAGAGUUCGCCGGAGAGAGCGGCGGAGGUGGAGGCUCUGAUCGAGUUCCGCCGCUCCCUCGAGGAUCCGCUCGGCGCCCUUGCGGGAUGGGACCCCGCGUCGCCGUCGGCUCCCUGCUCGUGGCGCGGCGUCGUUUGCUCCGCCGCCGCCGCCGGUGGAGAGCUCCGGGUGGUGGAGCUCCGCCUUCCGCGGCUCCGUCUCGCCGGCGCCAUCUCCGACCGGUUGGGAGCUCUCUCGGAGCUCCGGAAGCUCAGUCUCCGUUCCAACGCCCUCAAUGGAACCAUUCCAUCCUCGUUCUCGCGCCUGCUCCACCUCCGUGCCAUUUUCUUGCAGUACAACUCUCUCUCCGGACCUUUGCCACCGGGCUUCCCUUCCAAUCUCACCGAGCUCCAGAUCCUCAACCUCGCCGGCAACUCCUUCUCCGGCAAUGUGCCCUCAGUUCUCCCUCCCAACCUCCGCUUCGUCGACCUGUCCUCCAAUGCUUUCUCUGGGGAGAUCCCUGCCAAUAUCUCUGCCUCCUCGAGGCUCCAGUUGAUAAACCUCUCCUUCAACGAGCUCAGGGGGACGAUUCCCGCUGAUAUCGGGCUGCUGAGGGAACUGCUCUACCUGUGGCUCGACUGGAAUCUCCUCGAGGGGACGCUCCCUGCUGGUCUUGCCAACUGCUCUUCUCUGCUGCACCUUAGCCUGCAGGGAAAUGCCCUCCGCGGCAUCUUGCCGGCGGCGAUCGGCGAGAUCCCGACGCUCCAGUUCCUGUCGCUCUCUCACAAUAACUUCUCCGGUUCCAUCCCAUCCUCCAUCUUCUACAACGCCACAGCUUCCUCUCCACCGGUCCUCCGGACUGUCCAGCUAGGGUUUAACGACUUCACGGACCUGGCAGUCCCGGGAGACCCGUCUGCUUCCAGUGGCCUGCAGAACCUCGACCUCAAGAGCAACAGAAUCACGGGGGAGUUCCCGACAUGGCUGACGAAUCUCUCGACAUUAACGCUGUUGGAUCUUUCAGGGAACGACUUUCAUGGCCCCUUGCCGGCGGACAUUGGACGGCUAUCGGCGCUCCGGGAGCUCAGACUGGGGAACAACAUGCUCGACGGCGUCGUUCCCAGGGAGAUUCAACGUUGCGGAUCGCUGCAAGUUCUUGAUCUCGCGGACAACCGCUUCGCCGGGGAGAUCCCUGAGGCUCUCGGUGAGCUCCGGCGUAUGAAGGAUCUUUGGCUGGGAGGUAAUCUCUUCUCCGGCAAGAUUCCGGCGAACUUGGGCGAUCUCUCCGUCCUCGAAACCCUGUCCCUGAGGCAGAACGAUCUGCAUGGGACGCUGCCGGAAGAGAUCAUGCGGAUGAGCAACCUCACAUUCCUGGACAUCUCCGGCAACCAACUCUCUGGAGAGAUUCCCUCUGCGAUCGGAAAUCUGCGGAGAUUGCAGAGUUUGAAUAUGAGCAGGAAUGGAUUCUACGGGAUCAUCCCGAGGACGAUACGGAACUUGUUCAACUUGAUCUCCCUGGACCUGAGCUCUCAGAAGGCCCUAUCCGGUGAGCUUCCGAUCGAGCUCUUUGGAUUGCCCAAUCUUCAGGUCGUCUUGCUCGCGAACAACUCACUCUCCGGCGAGGUCCCCGAGGGUUUCAGCAGCCUCUCCAACAUGCAGCAACUGGACCUGAGCUCCAAUUCCUUCUCCGGGCCCAUCCCCGGGACCUACGGCUACCUCAAGUCUCUGACAGUCCUCUCCCUCUCCCAAAACAACAUCUCCGGCGAGGUGGCGGCGGAGCUCGGCAACUGUUCUAAGCUCACCGUGCUCGAGCUCCGUUCCAAUCGAAUUUCUGGUCAGAUACCAUCCCAACUCUCCCGGCUCACCCGUCUGGUUGAUAUCGACCUUGGCCAGAACGCUCUCUCGGGCGAGAUUCCCCCAGAGCUCUCCGGCUGUUCCUCCCUGUCUACACUCCUUCUGGACCAGAACCACCUCUCCGGCGUCAUACCGGCCGCGCUAUCUGACCUCUCGAAGUUGCAGUCUGUGGAUUUAUCAGGGAACAACCUCACCGGCACAAUCCCGGAAGGAUUCGAUCGUAUUUCUGGAUUGCGCUACCUGAACGUCUCCAACAACAACCUGGAAGGUGGGAUUCCGGCGACCGUCGGCUCCCGUUUCAACGAUCCUUCUCUGUUCUCCGGCAACCGGGACCUCUGCGGGACGCCGCUGGAAGCAGACUGCGCGGGAAGCAGAGCCGCCAGAAGAAAGAAGAGGGAGAGGUUCAUCCUCUUCGUGUGCGUCGUGGUGGCCGCCGGAGUUCUCACGGCCUCGCUCUGCUGCUGCUGCGUCCUGAGCCUGGCGCGGUGGCGUCGGCGGUUCUUGGACAGGCGCGCGGGGGCGAAGAAGCCGGCCUCGAGGCGCAGGAGCGGGAGCACAGACAGCGGCAAGGGGGGGAGGAGCAGCAGCGGCGGAGAGAACGGUGCCGGCGGGCCGAAGUUGGUCAUGUUCAGCAGCAAGAUCACCUAUGCGGAGACUGUGGAGGCCACUCGGCAGUUCGACGAGGAGACCGUGCUGAGCAGAGGACGCCAUGGCCUGGUCUUCAAGGCCUGCUACAACGACGGGACAGUGCUCUCCAUCCUCCGCCUGCCCUCCACCUCCGCCGACGGUGCCAUCGUGAUCGAGGAAGCGUCCUUCCGGAAGGAGGCGGAGGCUCUGGGAAAAAUCAAGCACCGCAAUCUCACCGUCCUCAGGGGAUACUACGCCGGCCCUCCACCGGACGUGCGUCUUAUGGUCUACGACUACAUGCCAAACGGUAACCUGGCGACUCUCCUGCAGGAGGCGUCCCACCUCGACGGGCACGUCCUCAACUGGCCGAUGCGGCACCUCAUCGCCCUGGGAGUCGCCAGGGGGCUCGCCGUGCUCCACGCCGCCGCCAUCGUCCACGGCGAUGUCAAGCCCCAGAGCGUCCUCUUCGACGCAGACUUCGAACCCCACCUCUCCGAGUUCGGCCUCGACCGGAUGGUGGUCACCUCCACCGCAGCGGCGACGGCGGCCACCGCGUCGACGUCGGCGACGGCGGCGCCGCCGGCGGUGGGGUCGCUGGGCUACGUGGCCCCGGAGGUGGCGGCGGGGGGGCAGGGGACGAAGGAAGGGGACGUGUACAGCUUCGGGAUCGUGCUGCUGGAGCUGUUGACGGGGAAGAGGGCGGUGAUGUUCGCGGAGGAGGACGAGGACAUCGUCAAGUGGGUGAAGAGGCAGCUGCAGAGAGGCCAGAUCUCGGAGCUGCUGGAGCCCGGGCUGCUGGAGCUCGACCCGGAGUCGUCCGAGUGGGAGGAGUUCCUGCUCGGGGUCAAAGUCGGCCUGCUCUGCACCGCCCCCGACCCCCUGGACCGGCCCUCCAUGGCCGAUAUCGUCUUCAUGCUCGAGGGCUGUCGGGUGGGCCCGGACAUGCCCUCCUCCGCUGACCCCCCGUCCCCGGCCUAA